UUGAAAAAAAUCGCUACCCCAGACUCUUCUGAUGGAUAUUAAAAUGCUAGAAAAUUGGGCAACAGACUUUCAAAGAUGGCAGCGUCCAUAAACUUACAUAACUUGUAACAACGACCCCUCGUUAUGAAGUUUUACUGGAAGGUUCCAGCUGAAAUUACAAGCAGAACUCAAUUUUAUUUUACUGCCCCGGUUGUGUCAUACAUGCUCAAGGUAUCCCAAAAGUGGUGUCAAAUUACUUGCAGAUGGACGUCCACAAGACCUACUAGCAGAAGGUUGCCUAUUGUCCACCAUGAUGACUAUGUGUGCACGCUGCCGCCCAAACAUCGCUUCCCUAUGUCCAAAUUCACCAAAGUUUACAAUCACUUGCUACAAGAUGGUGUUAUACAGCCAGAUCAGGUUGCUGUGCCAACACUGGUUACCAUGGAGACAGCAGCGUCCGUCCACACAACUGACUACGUUGACAAAUUUUUUAGCGGAAAGACAAGUGAGAAGGAACAGCGAAGAACUGGAUUUGCAUGGACUGAGGGUUUAGUAAGGAGAUGUCGCAUGGAAACUGGCGGUACUGUUCUGGCAGCGCACAUGGCCCUGUCUAGAGGCCUGGCCUGCAGCACAGCAGGGGGUACCCAUCAUGCCUAUCCAAACUUUGGCUCAGGGUUUUGCUUGCUGAACGACUUAGCUGUAGCUGCAAGACAGGUCCAGCUCAUUGGGAAGGCGUCCAGAAUUCUUAUCCUUGAUCUUGAUGUUCAUCAGGGUGAUGGGACUGCCUUCAUUUUCCAAAAUGACUCCAGCGUCUUCACUUUCUCUGUCCACUGUGGCAAAAACUUCCCUUUCCGUAAGGAAAAGAGUGACUUAGACAUCAGUGUUCAACCUAAACUGAGAGACAAAGAAUACUUAUUGAUUGUAAAGGAACAGUUGCCAUGGAUACUGGAAAGUUUCAGGCCUGAUCUUGUCUUAUAUGAUGCAGGAGUGGAUCCUCAUAAAAACGAUGACCUAGGAAUGUUAUCAUUAACAGAUCAAGGCUUACAUGACCGAGAUUACUGGGUGAUCGAUCACAUUACAUCCCGUGGUAUUCCCUGUGCGUGUGUUAUAGGUGGAGGAUAUUCUAAGGAUAUUGGUGUUCUGGCAAUGCGUCACACAAUAGUGCAUCGUGCAGCAACUAAGGUUUGGGAAGAGAGAAGGCUUUGAUGGAAACAGCCAACAUUCAUGGUUUUCCUUCAAUACUACUGAGUUGUAUUCUGAUGCUGAAGAGCAA